UCAACGACCUCAUCGGUGCAUUCGAGCUCUUCUCUCUCUCGUCUCGGCGCUGCCUUGCGCCUUCCGGCAGAGAGAUGGGCGACCACCACGACGGGUGGGGCGCUUAUGGGAGACGUAGACCGUAUGCACCAUCAUCAACAUCGUCAUCAUCCUAUCGCGCGCCGGGCGAUCCAAGGCCUGCUCUCAAUGUUCGUCCUUCGGAGCAGCCUGCGAGCCGUGAUCGGCCAGCUGGAGGAGAGGGGCCCCGAUCGGCCUCUGCGGUGGAAAGGACUGUUCGAGAGGACUUUCGGGUAUCAGGAUCCUUGAAGCGAGGAGAGUACAGUCGAGAAGCGUCACCGCCGCCGAGAACGCUUGCCAGGCGCCGUAGUUCGGUCACGACGCCCUCUUUGGUUGCUGGCUCGUCGUCUGCUCAGCUUCCCCUUCCGCUAAUGCAGACCUCGAGACGCAAUUCAUUCCCCAGAGCCGAAGCGCAACCAUCGCACCGGGCUCCAACAGUGUCGACAUCGCCCCCGGUCCCGGCACCUCGCGAUGGUCCUCCUACGCCCCUCCUUGCCCCAAGUGCAAAGGUGGCUCAGUGCGAUCAGGAUGCGACCGACAGCUACAUGAGGACAUUUGGCAAAUGGGUAGACGCUCGACGGAAGCGCGACGAGCGCGAGCAGGAGCUGCAAAGGUUCGCAGACAUUCUUCGCCACAAGCCAGACGCCGGCAAGACGGUGGAAGACAAGGUCAAGGCCGCGCAGCACAAGGUCGACGCAUCCAGGCAGGACGAGAAGCGCCUGGAGGCCGAGGCCAGCCGCGCGCUCAGGCAGCUCAUCGAGCAUACGAUCUCUUCAGCACCAGUAGCAUCCACUGCGGCACUGCCGUCGUCGGCCUCAACAUCAUCGUCGAGGCCGGACCCCGAAUUGAGCCUGGAGGAGGUAAAGAGGCUAGUCGGCGAGCAGGUUGAGACGAGGAUGUCCAAGGCGAUGCACCCCACCAAGUCGAUCCAAGCGACAAGCGAGUCGAGUGAUGCAGAGCCUGGCGAAGUGCACGAUACAGCAGCUCGUGCAAGCGCACCUGCAGCGACGGGGACAAAAGCAGAGGUAGCGCAGACUGCCCCACCGGGUGCUCAGGCAUCUGUUGAGCCAACCGCAGAGGAGACAUCGGAAGAGAAACCAAAGCCAAGGAGGAUCGUCCCCUCUCGCAACGAGAUUGUACGGCGAGUGGAUGGCUUCGAGGCCAGGCUGGACGAGGUGCACUCGGAGUUGACCGAGCGACUCGACGAAUUCGAUUUCCUUGACAUGAAGGAAAUGGUCGAAAAGUACGUCGAGGACAAGCUCAAUGACCUCAGAGACAAGCGAAGAGCCGCCAAGAGAAAGGCAAAUGACGUCCAAGAAGCCGAGGCCGAAGCCGCGGGGGCCGCUCUACCAGCAGCGGCAGAGCAAUCUGCCAGAGUCGAUGGUGCUCCGUCGACGCUGCCAGACACCGGUGAUCGGGCUCAGGGCGCAGCAGGCCAACAGGCCCCCUCCUCCGAGCAAGCGUUGUCGUCGUCGUCUUACCUAAAUCCCAUCGUAAUAGACAGCCCGGACAGCACUCAUGACUCUCCAAUGACGACGACGACGACGGCUCCGAUUCCGACUGCAGGUCAAGGUCUCGCCACUGCCUCUGCGCCAGCAAACGGAGCUGCUGCUGCUGCCGUGCCCCUGGGCGAAGAGACGAUGCCGAUGGGCCAAGUCGUUGAAGCAAUCCAAGCGUUGGAGUCGAAUCAAGAGCGCAAAAUGAGGGACAUGCUAAUGCAAUUCGAGCAAACGAUGAAUGCAAGGGAGGCAGCGUGGCAGCAAGCGCUGAAAGACGACUUUGACCGUCUCUUCAAGGUCCGCGACAACCACUACGAGGGCAAGAUCAAAGCGCUCCGAGAAAGGCUCCUGGCUCUCGAGGCACCCCUUGCCGAGUCGCUGAGGCUCAGCACGCAGGUGGCAGGGCACGAGAAGGCCCUGCUCGAGCAUGCAAAUUGCAUUGUCGAAAUCGGCCGCGAGCUGUGCAACAUCGACUCUGCCUUUGCAAACGUCCCCGUGGCCCGUCAUCCCGUGCCAAGACCGCCCCCUUCUACAUCCCAGCCCAGUGCACCAACAACAAACGGCAAUGGUGCCAACGACGCCGGCGAUCAGCCCGGUGCCCCGAGCUCCAAUGGCGUUCAAAGCACGCCUUGAACGCUCCUCUACCCAGCUCGCAUCUGCACCCCUUCAAGAAAGGAGUGUCACCUGUACCACCAUCGAUGAUACUACGCUAUCUCUUUACCCCUGUAUGACAAUAGUCUGACCAUUCCAUUUGUUAUCCCCCCCUGUUUUGGA